AUGCACAUGUACAGUCAGAGCUUUUCUACACACGCCAUUUUUCGGUGCUCUCUCCAGGCGAGAAUCAGCAAGAAACAGAAUCAGUCGGUUAAACAGCCCAGACCCAGUCCCCAGUCCCCAGACCCAAUCCCUUGGCUAAAUUCUGAACUCAAGGUCAGUUCUCGUAACGCUCGCAGAACGCUGUGUUCUGCCUCAGAACUUACAACGCUGCUCUGCCUCUCUCUCUCUCUCUCUCUCUCUCUCGCUUGGACACAUGUAAAACCUCGCCCUGCCUCGCCCUGCAGGGUCUCUGUCUGCGCACAGAUACAUCGUGCGGUCGUACAUGUGUAAGCUCGGUAAAACGUUUCUGGGAAGUUGUUUUUCGCUGUUUUUUAUUUUUUUGUAUCUUUUCGGCAUUUUGCAUACUGACCGCGGAGUGCUCGCAGCGAUCCUCGCGAGUUUUCCCCACCAGAAACCCAAGUGAACGGAACGGCAAGCGGAGACCACAGAAAAGACUCGCAUCGUCCGGCGUAAUGCCAGUGAAAAUGGCGGGCCCAAGCUCAAGCCUAGUGGAAACGUGGCGGAACUAUUUGCGAAACUGCGAAACGAAAUAUGGUUAGAACCGAAGUUCUAGCUGGAUCACACAGAUACAAUCGUGAAACGUGUUCGAAUCGAAUUCGAGAGGGCAUUCAACAUACAAAUUGCAGAGCGACACAUAAAACUACAAGAUACAAGGCCCAACAGUGAUCCCGAAGCCUUAAACUGGCGCUCAAAGUCCGGAAGCAUCUUUCCUCCUACUCGCCAACGCUGCUGAGUGCCGCGUUCACCAGCCUGAACAGCGUCUACCACAGCAGCAGCGACACCGCUCCCGACGAGGAGCCGGAGCAGCCGCCAGUCCAUCACCAGGGCCAUCGCCAUCGGGUGAACAGCCACAGUCACAGUCACCGGGAUCGCGGCCACAGCCAGAACAGCAGGGCAGAAGAGAUGGGCGGGCCCACAGCGCCCGUGGCCAGCAGCGAGGGCCAGACGUACUGCCUGCGCUGGAACAACCACCAGACCAAUCUGGUGCAGAUCCUCCACGCACUGCACGAGGUCGGCAGCUACGUCGACUGCACCCUAGUCGUCGACGAUGAGCAGUUCAAGGCACACCGCGUGGUGCUGGCGGCGAACUCGCCGUACUUCCAGCACAUCCUGCAGGACGUGCCCCAGGACCAGUGCAGCAUAAUCCUGCCGGGCGUGAGGGGCUUCGAGAUCGCGGCCUUGCUUCAGUACAUGUACACGGGUGAGACCACGGUGACCAAGAGCCAGGAGCCGGAGAUCCUGCGCACUGCCAAGGAGCUGCAGGUAAAGGGGCUCUACGACAAUCUGAUGAAGUACAAUCACAAGGCGGCCAGCGCAGUGGAGGAGCGUGACCAGAGCCAGUUCCAUGCCAGCAUCACGCCCACCUCCAGCUCGGGAUUGGGCGUUGGCUCUGGCAAGCCCCUCAACGGGUCCUCUGCCGACGGCUCCUUCGGCCAGCAGCACCACAACUCCUCCUCCGUGAUCUCAACGUCCACGCACAUCUCGCCCAGCGCCGCCAUCUCGAGCAGCUGCUCACCACCGCCGCCGCCAUUCGGAAGCUACCAGCCGCCGUACACAAACUUCCCGCCUGGAUCAGGACCUAUCAAUCCACAUCCCCACAUCCCAGCCGGUGAGACUCCCCUGACGCCCACGCAUGCCACUUCGCACGCCGUAGCCGGUGAGGCAGGCCAGUGGCCCCUCUCGCCCUCCGCUGCCGCUGCCGCCAUGCUGAACUCCGUCUAUGAGUCCGCCGCCGACAUGAAUCCGCUCAAGCGCAAGAAGCUCUCGGCCAUCUCAAGCAUGCUACUCAACAGCACCCGGGACACGCCCAUUCUGCGCAACGUGCUGGCCCAGGCCAACCCAGCUGACUCCUCGCAGCCCAAUCCUCUGCUGCUGAAGAGCUCCUCCACCUCCUCCCUAAACGAGAAGACUCCCACCCAUCAGCACCAGCACCAGCCACCGCACCAGCACCACAGCGGAGUCGGCGUGAGCGGCGGCACCGGUAGCCACAGCUUCAACGGCUCGGACUACGGCGGCGACAAGGAGCCCCUCUCACCGCACACGGACCGUUCCUUUGAUGAGGAGACUGGCGGGCCGGGCGGCAAGAAGCCGGAGUGGAAGCGUUAUAAGCAGUACACCCGGGCGGACAUGAUGUGUGCCAUUCAGGCCGUUCGGGAAGGCAUGAGCGCGCUCCAGGCGAGCCGCAAGUACGGACUACCCAGCCGCACCCUCUACGACAAGGUCCGCAAGCUGAACAUCACUACGGGCCGUGGCACGCAUCGCACACCCAAGCGCAGCCCACCCGGGGUGGAGUCCUCCGCCGCCUUUCCCUACUCCGCAGCAGCCGCUGCCGCAGCUGCCCACAGCUACGGACAUGUCCACGGGCAUGGCCAGACGGAUCUAGAGCGUGAGCCGAAGGAGCAUGGUCAGCAUAGUGGCCAUGGAGGUGGCCACCACGGCAUGCCACCCACGAUUCCCCACUCGGCAGCCGCCCUUCUGGAUCACGCCUUUCUGCAGCAGGCCCUGGAGAACCGAGGCGGGGAUAUGGCCGGGCGUGAAGCACUCCACGCCAUGGCCCUGGCAGCGGCCGCCCACGCAGCUGCCAACCGAAUGUCUAGCAGCCCCCAGGAGUCUGGCUCCAAUGGACACGCAGCCAGAUCUCCAAGUCCAAGGGCUCGGCACUACUCCGAGCACGAAGCCAUGGAGAUAGAGAUGGAGAAGCACGAGCAGCGCCUGAUCAAGAGGGAGCGUGACCAGGACGAGCGCGAUGAUGCUGACGAUGAAGAUGAUCAUGACCAGGAGCAGGAUCACGAUCACGAUCACGACCAUGUGGAAGAUCUAUCGCUGGCACGCAAAGAACGCCCUGAGUCGCCCUACUCUCCUCAGCCCCCACGGGCCUCCUCGCCGGUCGAGAGCGCCAGUGUGAUCAUGCACUCCAACAGCGCCUCCACCAACGGAAAGGACCACGAGGAUUAUCCCCACUCACCACCGCCCGUGGCCCUGGGCCUAGGCCUGAAGCGGGAGCUACUUGGCGGCGAGGAGUCGCAGGCUAGAACCGACUGAUUGACGCUCACCAUGGCCUGGCAGUACGCGGCGGACAGCUACGAUUCCAUAUGCUAGACCUGCUGGGCCAGAUGCACGACCCCAGUACACCGCCCCAAGGUGGUUACCCUUCACUCCCCUUGUGUUAUUAUUUUCUUUUCGGCGUACAACGUGCGACUAAACUGUUGUUUUCUCAAUGGCAUCGACAUCGAUCAGCGAUCAGCGAUCAGUCGAUCUGCGUUGGUGAAGCUUUAAACGAGAACCCCUUAUCCCAGUCGAGGCGGGUGCACACCAGCAUCUGCACCUUAGGAGGAAAUCAAAUCAAAUCCACAAUCUAAAAUAAAAUUGUUGUCAGCAUCACUUUGUGCCUAAUACAGAAACGUUAGCUUAGAAUAGGAUAUUCAUAGGUUACACACACUCACACACACACACUAGGCUAGGAGACACCCCCCCCACUUUGACACUUAGGCUAGGCACUCGAUGGCCAUCUUAGCUUAGGAGCUAGCUAGUUGUGGUCUUUGAAGCUCAAUGGCUCAAUGGCUAAGGAAACAUAUGUAAACUAUACACUUACAUAAGACUGAAGGAAGAAUCCGCGUAUUGCAUAUUAGAGGCGAUCAAGGGCAGAGCAAAAGAGGCUACCGAUACCCCGUAGGGUAGGAACAUUUGACAGAAUCAGGUCAGAAUGAGCUAGCGAGUUAGCAAUACUUUGUACAACUUUGUUAAUGCCAGUGAUUUGUUUUAAAAAUUAUUAGCACUAGAUAUUUAUAAUAGACACAUACAUACAUACAUACAUACAUACAUACGUACGUAUAAAGCCUUAUGUUUAUGAUUUCCGUGACGUCUAUAAGAAAUGAAACAGAUAUGAACACAACUACCUCAAUAAAGCCUAUUCUAGUUUUUUUUUAAAGAACGAACUUCUUUGUUACCUUAUCAUUAUCAUAUUAGCGUUAAGCACUGUCCUGGGUUGAAUUUUAUAAGACUGACACCGACUCAAACGGCUCGAAAGUAGCACGAGAAUAUGCAACAAGAGCCGAGCACAUUAAAUACAAAUUAAAAUACAAAUGGCAACCUAUAGAGUUGAGCGUACAAAUUCAGAACCAUAACCUACUUAUAUCUAAGCCAACUUAGAAUGAAUGAAUUAGUCCAUAGGUCCAACUAUGACUCUACACAUAAAUAUAACUUAAGCUUAGGCAAAAACAAAGCAAAACACAACAAAAUUAAUAUUUAUAAGCAAAUCCAACAAACAUGCGCUGGGGGCAAUGCAAUAGGCUCUUUAAUUAUAAACACCUACACAGAUACAAUUAUGUAGUCGUACGGUUGAUAAUGUUAAUUUGUUAUACGAGUAACCUCUGUACAUAGAAUCGUAGUCUAUAAACACUCACACGCAUCAUACAUACAUGCACAUCCAUACAAGUUAUACAAAGAUCGAGAUGCAGUUAUUAGAUCUAGUAUUAAGUAAAGGAAAUUGUAAUGCAAUUUAAAGUAGACACCGGACUUACAUUAUUUAAUGAUAAGCGAUCGAAUGCGAAAUAAACUGACUGAAUCAAUCGAA